AUGACUCCAAGCGAGAGCCCGGUAUGUCUUCAGCUCAUUUCCGGACUCAUCAACGUUCUCUCGGGCCAUCCCAUCUAUUCGUGGGCCGCUAACAACCUACCCGAAUCCUUCUCGAGAAUCCGCUCUUACCUCCUCCGGCCAAAAGCCGAGGAGAAGGGCUCUUGCGUUGAGCCCUCGAUAGCCCGUCAAUUCAAUGGCAAAGACGACAACGAGGACGACGAUAACGAUGGUGGAGUGAGUGUGUAUAGAGAAGAUGUGGAGGUGGUGAUGGGGAAGCUGGGGCUCUUUGGCAGCCACGUGAGCGACGGUGACGACGACGAACUCAUCCGUCAGGACAGACCGAUGAGCUGCAGCGGGAUCUCGCGGGUGUUCGAGGAGGAAGAGGCGAGCGUGGAGGAAGUGAGGGAGGCCUUCUAUGUGUUUGAUGUGAAUAGGGACGAGUUCAUUGAUGCCAAGGAAUUGCAGAGAGUUUUGUGCGUGUUGGGGUUUGAUAAGAGAGGAGGAGGAGGAGGGUUGGAGGAGGAGUGCGGGAGGAUGAUCAGAGUGUUUGAUGAGAAUGGGGACGGGAGGAUUGAUUUCCAGGAGUUCGUAAAGCUUGUGGAGAAGUGCUCUUCUUGCUGA